AUGUAAAAUUAUGACUUCCUGACGGGCUCAUGAAAAACGAAGCCAUAUAAAUGAAUGAGAACGUGCAACUUGUGAGUUAGUUUGAAUAUCGCGUGGCUUUAGUUUGUGGUGCACAAUGAAGGAAUUUAUCCAGGAGAAAUCUGUGUUAGCUGUUGUAGUUCUUGUGGCUUUGAUGAUCAAUUCUGUAGCAUCAAAGUACUAUACCCUGCCGAGUAACGCAAUUGGUAAAAAUGGAAAGAUUCUUCUAGGAGAUUAUGCCAAAGACGGUCAAUUUCCAUACCAAGUUAGCUUACUAAUCCAGGGAGCGAACAAUUGUUCCCUUGUUGAGAGAUCAUGCGGUGGGAGUAUUAUUGCAACGAAUUGGGUUCUAACAUCGGCAUUCUGUGUCACGCCAGGACCCCUAUUUGACACAGUUUACUUUGUCUAUCUCGGAGCUGGGUCUGUGUAUUACAAAAAAUCUCCCCAGAGGGAUAUUUUCAAUACAACUGCAAUCUAUCCACAUCCAGACUUCAAUGGUGAUACUCUGGAGAAUGAUAUUGCCAUGCUAAAGACGUGGGGUUUUGACUUUAGUACAAAAUUAGUGCAGCCUAUCCCUCUGGUAACAUCAGGCACGGACAUGGCUUCGUAUUUGGGAAAGUAUAUCACAGUGUCUGGAUUUGGGAAAUUCUCCAUCGAUGGAAUAGCAUCAAAGAAAUUGCUCUACACCCAACUCAAAGUGGUGGAAUGUGGCGAUGGGACUCCUGACACAUCAUUCUGUGCUGUGGAUGAGGUAGGACCUGUAUCGGCCAUUUGUGAUGGUGACGCAGGUGGUCCAGCUGUGUGCAUUCUAGAUGGCCAAGCAACUCUUAUUGGUGUGAUAUCGUAUUCAGACCAAAAGGGAUGCGAUGCAGGACCUCAAGGCUUUACAAACGUUGCCCAAUACAUUGAUUGGAUACAGGAAACAAUGAGCAGCAACUAAAAGUAUAUUCUUAAAAAAAUUAAAAUGGCUUCCUGUACUGCAAAACUAAUCCCAAUAAAUUAAAUUGCGGAGUGAG